AAAUCAAGGAGCUUACUAUAUACUGACCUGGGUGUAGGAGGACACUGCUGUAAAGGGAGUGUAAUCCACUGGUGUAGCAGAUGAUCCCGACCCAACAUGCUGAUAUUCUGUCCAUGUGUUUUCCCAUCAAGGAGGGGCUGUCACUUGUGCUCACCACCAGCUCCAACAUGUCUUACCAGAAGGACCUGGAGAAGUAUCGGGAUGUAGAUGAGGAUGCGCUCAUGAAGGCCAUGUCCCCAGAGGAACUGGCUCAGCUGGACUAUGAGCUCCAGGAGAUGGACCCAGAGAACAUCCUUCUGCCAGCAGGCAUGCGUCAGAAAGACCAAACCACAAAGAAUGCGACUGGGCCACUAGACAGGGAUGCCCUCUUACAGCACCUGGAGAAGGAAGCCAUCGAGUACAAAGAAAGAGAUGACCUGGUGCCUUUCACCGGAGAGAAAAAAGGGAAAGCUUUUGUACCCAAACAAGCCAAACGGGAGAUCCCCCAAGAAGAGCAGAUCACAUUAGAGCCAGAGCUGGAGGAGGCUUUGGCCAACGCUACCGAUGCAGAGAUGUGCGACAUUGCAGCUAUCCUGGGCAUGUACACCCUCAUGAGUAACAAACAGUACUACGACGCCAUUACCUCUGGAAUCAUAACGAAUAAGGAGGGCAUCAACAGUGUGGUUAAGCCAGACACAUACAAGCCAGUCCCGGAUGAACCCCCAAAUCCCACCAACGUGGAAGAGACUCUGAAAAAAAUCCAGAGCAACGCGUCAGACCUAGUGGAGGUUAAUCUGAAUAAUAUCAAGGACAUUCCUGUCCCAACGCUAAAGGAGAUUUGCCAGGCCAUGAAAAGCAACAGCCAUGUCACAACUCUGACCAUGGUGGCGACACGUAGCAAUGACCCCGUGGCCUAUGCCGUGGCAGAAAUGCUGAAGGAGAACAAGACCCUCCAAAGUCUGAAUGUUGAGUCCAACUUUAUCACCAGUGCCGGUAUGUUGGCUAUCCUCCAGGCCAUGAGAAGCAACAACACACUCUCCGAGCUCAAGGUGGACAACCAGCGUCAGAACCUGGGAGACACCGUUGAGAUGGAGAUGGCCUCAAUGCUUGAGAAUUGCCCUUCAGUCGUACGAUUUGGCUAUCACUUCACCCGACAAGGACCAAGAGCCCGAGCCGCCACGGCCAUCACAAGGAACCUGGAACUUCGUCGCAAGCAGAAGAAGGUCUAAGGAGUCCAUCACCCUCUUGAUUGUCGAAAUGUCGAUGUUCUUCCGUUACCUAUUAAUAGGGUUUGUUCUGUGAUGUGACAUUUGCGUACAGAGCAUUCAUUGGACGGAGGGCAAAUCUGGAUAGGCCCCAUCUGCUCACUGCAGAUCUUUCAGGGAGUUAUUCACUGAGCAUGUGCAGGAGACUUUAAGCUGGAAUAAACAGGGGCAACACCUGAGGUCUUUAACCUUGUAUAUAUAUGUUUCUACCCCAAUAUGUAACUCAUCAUCUCUGUGCCCCCCUCAGAUACUCCCAAGAGUCAACGCUGCUCAACUCCAUCUUAAGCCCCACCCCCGAUCCUUCUACAUAUACAGUACCUUCUCUCCUUACAGGCUGCACUUUAAUCCUGCCGAAGGCUGCAAAGGAGCUGAACUGACGCAAAUGCCAUGGGUUAGGGAAAAAACUGAUUUAAUAAGAUGUAAAUAAAGUGACUUUGAACUCAA